ACUGUCGCUGUGCUGCGUCUGCAGUUUGCCGAAAUAAACAAACACCGCAGAUGUUGACGUACAGUACGACGGGAUUAAAUAUGUGAAGGGGGCACAGGUUCACAGAGCUGCUAAAGGAUGCUGAAAAUUCUUCAGAAUAUGAAUGCAAUGAACAACAUGGCUAUGAGAAUAUCAGACAAUAUGCUGCAUCAUAAGAAAUAUGGGUUUCUUAGUUUUCCAUUGCAACAUCACCAUCAUCACAUUAGGAGGAAUCUGGUUUCUGCUCCUGCAGCACUUCCUCAUCUGCCGGUUCCUGCUUUGCAGCAAACAAUGGAAAAGUACCUGAGGUCAGUGAAGCCAUUAAUAACACCAGAAGAAUAUUCUGUCACAGAAGACCUUGUUAAAAACUUUGUUGCCAAAGGAGGAAUAGGAGAGAGACUCCAAAACCUAUUAUUACAGAAAGCAAAAUCAACAGAAAAUUGGUUGGCAGAUUGGUGGCUUCAUGCUUCCUACUUGGACUACAGAUGGCCUGUGGUUGUAUAUUCCAGUCCAGGUCUGGUGUUUCCUUUACAGACAUUCCAUUCAAUUGAAGACCAGCUCAAAAUGGCUGCCAAGGUUAUUGCAGGGGCCUUGGAAUACAAAGUACUGCUUGAUGAGAACAAACUUCCUCCAGAGACAAUGGGAAAAGAUCCACUUGAUAUGUCCCAGCACCACAAAAUACUGGGCACAUGUAGAAUCCCUGGAGUGACCAGAGAUAGUCUCUGGUUUGCUGACCCAGCAAAUCCUCCAAAACAUAUCAUCGUUACUCGUAAUAAUCAUUUCUUUUAUGUGGAAGUCUUUGGUGCUAACUAUGAACCAUUGAGUGAAGAUCAGAUUUUGCAGCAGCUUCAAAAGGUGGUCGAAGGUUCGCAGUAUCCAUCAACUCCUUUGGGAAUCCUCACCACAGAGAACAGAAACACAUGGGGGAAAGCAUACAAGAAACUAGCUAAAGAUAAAUCAAAUAGUUACGCACUAGACAGCAUUAAGACAUCUUUGUUCCUUAUGUGCCUUGACAAGCCCAAUCCUAACUUAAAGGGCUUGAAUAAAUCAACAGUAAAUGCUUUGCAAAUGGUUCAUGGACUUGGAAGUAAAGUGAAUGGUGCAAAUCGUUGGUAUGACAAAACUGUACAGUUUGUGGUUGGUCCUGAUGGAGAAUUAGGACUGACAUAUGAGCAUAGUCCUGCCGAGGGGCCUCCCAUUGCUAAUUUGAUGGACCAUAUCAUGGAUUACAUUUCCAAGGGUGCUACCAGAAGCACGUUGCCAGCAGUCAAUUAUGUACCACCACAGAGACUGAAGUUCAACAUUUCGGAUGACAUAAAAACAGUUAUUGAAACAGCUGAAACAAACCUUGACAUAUUAGUAAAUGAUCUUGAGAUGGCUUGUUUCAAAUUUCCAAACUUUGGGAAGGAUUUCAUAAAAUCUCAAAAGCUUAGUCCAGACAGUUUUAUACAGAUGGCAAUUCAGUUAGCAUAUUACAGGUAUGAUAGACUUAAAAUACUUAACUUACAAUGUUCACAGAGCUGCUAA